GUAGUGAGCCCCUUUCUUCGAAACUCAUUUUCUUCGCGAGACGGAUGCGAACUCCCACAAAACAAUUCAAUUCUCGGAAUAAAUUAUCGAAUCAAAAUAAAAAUCGAUAAGGGUUUCCGAUAGUCAUUUGAUUCCGCCGGAACCGGAAGCGGCACGAUACGAACCGAAACAAAACCCGGAUUCUUCCAUUCCAUUUUUUUUUUUUUUUUAUUGGUGAUAAAGGGCGAGAGAACCUAUCUUCUUCUUUUGAAUAUUUUCUCUAUUCUAAACUGACUCUCCAAACCGAAGAAUCUCGCGAUAUUUCGUCUUCCGAAAGAGAAUUAUAAUUCAACAAUUUAUACGCAGAAUUUAAUUUUUGUUCAUUCAAACUUAUACAACGACAUCCUAUUAGCGAUGUGCGGGAGGAAGAAGAUGAAGCAACGGAGCUUCAGCUUCAACUUCUUCGUCUCUUGUUAACUUCAUGGCCUCUUCUCAGCAUCGUUGCGUCUUUGUUGGAAACAUACCUUAUGAUGCAACUGAGGAGCAGCUUAUAGAAAUCUGCAGAGAGGUUGGUCCUGUUGUGUCGUUCAGAUUAGUUCUUGAUAGAGAAACGGGAAAACCAAAAGGCUAUGGGUUCUGUGAGUAUAAGGAUGAAGAGACGGCUUUAAGUGCUCGUCGUAAUCUUCAUGGUUAUGAGAUUAAUGGAAGGCAAUUACGUGUUGAUUUUGCUGAAAAUGAUAAAGGGGCCGACAGAAAUCGAGAGCAGGGUCGGGGUGGACCUGGACUGGCUGUGAAUGUUGAACCUCAGAAACAAAUAGGGGGCCCUGCGAUCCAUGGGGAUUCUGUUCCUCAUCAGCCAAUUGGUCUCCACUUAGCUAUAACUGCGGCAACAGUUAUGACAGGAGCACUAGGUGGUGCUCAGGUUGGUAUACAGUCAAAUCAAAAUGGCGUGCAGAGUCAGUUGGCAUCAGCUAAUGAUCCCUUAACUCUUCAUCUGGCUAAAAUGUCGAGGAGUCAGCUGAAUGACAUUAUGUCUGAGCUGAAGUUAAUGGCCUCUCAAAACAAGGAACUAUCUCGUCAGCUAUUGCUCGCGAAACCUCAGUUGCUGAAAGCUCUUUUCCAGGCACAAAUAAUGCUAGGAAUGGUGUCUUCUCAAGUGUUGAUGCCAAAUCUUCGACAAGGUCACCCUGUGCAGCCUUCAUUACAAGACGGUCAGCAGCAAGCUGUUCGGCUCCCUGGGCUGCCCCCACUUGCACAGAAGGUGCAGUUGAUGCCCAAAGUGCAAGACGGUCAAGUGUCGGCUAUGUCUCAGCAUUCUUUGCUUAAUAACCAGUUUUCUGCACCCCUACAGACUACUACUAUGCAUCUUCAAACUCAGCUUUCACAACAUGCCAAGAACCAAUCUCUACAGCAAACUGCAUUGCCUGGGCAGCCUGGUGUUCCAACACUCUCUUCAAUGCACCCGUCAGUUAGACCUGAAAUUCAGGUGGCAAAUUCCUCUUCCUUGAGCCAGCAACUACAACCUUAUUCGCUGGAAAACCCAGUACAGGUUACAGCUGCCAGUUUAGGGAAUAAACAUUGGCUAAAUAUUCCAAAUUCAGCCAUACGGCCCCCUCUUGUGCCUCGCCUCCCAUCAUUGGAUGCUGGCUUCCAGCCUGGCCCCUCAACAUCAUCAGGCAUUGUACAGACAGUUAGCAAAGAUGCUGAUAGGUCUGGUAGACUUACCGAUGAUGCAACCUGGGUGCGCGGUAAUAAUGCAUAUUUGAGCAUGCCUGUGGGUGUAGCCGAGAGAACAAGCAGGCUUAAUGAUUCUUCAGAAAUGAUACAUCGCCCUUCAAAAUUGCUGAAAGUGGAUGAUCGAAGCAGUACUGCUUUGUCAAUGGGGGCUUUGAAUGCAUCCAAAACCACUGGCUCUGGGCCAUCCCAAGCAUCUGGAGCUGGUUUAGCGCCUGUAAAUCCAAUUCCUGAAGUAGAAGAGGUGAAAAGUUCUGAGAAUCAAAUUUCUCAGUCGCAGCUUCCACCGGAUGUAGAGUCUGCCUUACUGCAGCAAGUAAUGAGUUUAACACCAGAGCAAUUGAACUCAUUGCCACUUGAACAGCGUCAACAAGUCAUUCAGCUCCAACAGGCACUCCUGCAAAAUCAGAUGCAGCCAUCUUAGCAGCGCCAUUGUCAAGUGGAUUGUAAUAUACCUCCAGCUCAAGUAUUGACGUAACUGCAGGCUACUUUUUUAGUUUUCCUCAAAAGAAAAGCGCUUGCUAUAGAUUCGACAGAAUACGAAUGCUUGUACAAUGAUCGAUCUUAAAAUUAUCAUCAUCUGCAUUUGAGAUGCAGGAGCAUUAUACCAUUCAUGUAACGUUUAUAAGAUUUGUCAUUAGAAUGAGAGAAAAUUUUGUGUAACAUUCCUACUUCCUGGACAUUUUGAAUUUUUCUUUGGCCUUGGAUUAGCCUAGUGACUGUCUCGUUUGACAUUUUUGUUCUUUAAGUAUAGCUAAUAAAGCAAGACUUAAGUUUUUUACCA